UUUUUUUUCCUUCUAACCAGCACUCUCAAGACUUUACCAUGGCCACCGUUCUGGAUCAACUCAAGAGCUACACGACCGUCGUCGCCGAUACGGGCGACUUUGAGUCCAUCGCGCAGUACAAGCCCACCGAUGCGACCACCAACCCGUCGCUGAUUCUGGCCGCGGCCAACAAGCCCCAGUACGCGCACCUCAUCGACGAGGCGAUCGUGUACGGCAAGAAGGAGGCCACGACAACCGACGAGCAGGUCGAGAAGGCGUUCGACAAGCUGCUGGUGAACUUUGGCUCGGAGAUCCUCAAGAUCGUGCCUGGACGUGUGUCGACAGAGGUCGACGCGCAGUUCUCGUUCGACACAGCGGCCAACGUGCGCAAGGCCAUCGAGAUCAUUGACCUGUACAAGUCGAUUGGCAUCGAAAAGGAGCGCGUGCUGAUCAAGAUUGCGUCGACGUGGGAGGGCAUCCAGGCCGCGCGCGAGCUGGAGGCCAAGCACGGCAUCCACUGCAACCUGACGCUGCUGUUCUCGUUCGCGCAGGCGGUCGCAUGCGCUGAGGCCGGCGUGACGCUGAUCUCGCCGUUUGUGGGCCGCAUCCUCGACUGGUUCAAGGCCAGCACCGGCAAGGCAUACGCUGCGCACGAGGACCCCGGCGUCGAGUCGGUGUCGGCCAUCUACAACUACUACAAGCAGCACGGCUACAAGACCAUCGUCAUGGGUGCGUCGUUCCGCAACACCGGUGAGAUCAAGGAGCUCGCGGGCUGCGACUUCCUGACCAUCUCGCCGGCGCUGCUGGGUGAGCUGCAGGCUGAGCAGGCUGACCUGCCGCGCAAGCUGUCGCCCGAGGCUGCCGCUGCCGCUGCCGCCAUCCCCAAGGUGACGUUCGACGAGACUACGUUCCGCUGGGCCCUCAACGAGGACCAGAUGGCCACCGAGAAGCUCAGCGACGGCAUCCGCAAGUUCAACGCCGACGCCGUCAAGCUCCGCAAGAUCCUGCGCGAGAAGCUGUCUGCUUAA